UUACAAUUUAAAAAAAAGCAAAAAACAUAUACAGCAGUAUCAAAAUUUAAAGUACUUGUCCCGCAAGAUGAAACCCUCCUGCUGUGACUGAUGUUUUAUGGAGUGUGACAACGUUGAAUUAUAAAUAGUGUUGUCGUUGCUUUAUAGUCCAGUGGCUCUGCAAAGCUGCCAGAUAAAUGUGGUGAAGUGGGAAGUAUCAUAAACAUAUAGUGUAAAGCUAGGUAGUGUUAAAUGUAAAUACUGUAAGUAGACCACAAAUAUGGUCUCCGAAAAUGGAACUUCAGGCCCGUAUCCAAGAGGGCGGUGAAUCACGAGCAACUGGACCUGGUUGUCGAUUUUUGAAGACAUUUCACGUCUCAUCCAAGAGACUUCUCCAGUUCCAACCCCCGCGGAGUGUCUGCCCGCGCUCCACGGAGGUUAAAUGCCUGAAAGAUCUUCCAAGAAUCUAACCAAGUCCAGUUGCUCCUGAUUCGACACCCUUGUGGUUAUGACCUGGAUGAAGGAGAAUCUCCACAGACACCUUAAAGGGGCAGUAAGCGAUUUUAGAGGAGGAUUGUCUCUCUCGUCGAUGUUGUUGUGAAAUCAUACUGAACUGGCCGGACGGCGAACCCACAGCCUGGGAUAUGUGAGACCGACGUGCUGACCACGAGGUUAAAACCCCUGAGUCGUAGCAUCAUUCACUAGCAUGUCUCCUAAGGUGUCGGGGAGUGAGGUUUACAAACUGCACACGCUGUGUUGUGUGGUGCGGUCCCCGCCACUUUUUGUUUGUUUUUUCGAUUUCCAGAGCCGGGGCUGAGCCGAAAAAAACCCCCGGAUUUCCAACAGCUCGCCGCCCGUGUGAUGAGACAAAGGAACAAAGGAUGCCUUAGGGGAGAGGUUGCCUAUAAGCCUGGAAACCUCUUCAAAGCACACCACCGAAUGGAUGUAACGCCUCCCCCCGCCACCUCCAGAUCAUGAUACUUGGCUAAAGCUAUUCCGCUAUCUUUAUGAUCCCUCCUCCAUCUAUGGCGAACUAUAGCCAUGCAGGGGACCACACCGUCUUGCAGAAUGUCUCUCCUCUCGCCACGUUCCUCAAAUUGACCUCUCUGGGUUUCAUCAUUGGCGUCGGUGUGGUUGGAAACCUCCUGAUCUCCAUCCUGCUGGUCAAAGACAAGAGCCUGCACCGAGCGCCCUACUAUUUCCUGCUGGACCUGUGCGCCUCUGACAUCCUGCGCUCCGCCAUCUGCUUCCCCUUUGUCUUCACCUCGGUCAAGAAUGGGUCCACCUGGACGUACGGCACGCUGACUUGCAAAGUGAUCGCCUUCCUCGGUGUGCUCUCCUGUUUCCACACGGCGUUCAUGCUGUUCUGUGUCAGCGUCACUCGUUACCUGGCCAUCGCUCACCACCGCUUUUACACCAAGAGGCUGACCUUCUGGACCUGUCUGGCUGUCAUCUGCAUGGUGUGGACGUUGUCAGUGGCCAUGGCGUUCCCGCCGGUGCUGGACGUGGGGACGUACUCCUUUAUCCGGGAGGAGGACCAGUGCACAUUCCAGCACCGCUCCUUCAGGGCAAAUGAUUCGCUGGGCUUCAUGCUCCUGCUGGCGCUCAUCCUCCUCGCCACACAGCUGGUUUACCUCAAGCUCAUCUUUUUUGUCCACGACCGUCGAAAGAUGAAGCCCGUCCAGUUCGUGCCUGCCGUCAGCCAGAACUGGACCUUCCACGGGCCGGGCGCCAGUGGGCAGGCGGCGGCCAAUUGGCUGGCCGGAUUUGGCCGCGGCCCCACCCCGCCUACUUUGCUGGGCAUCCGGCAGAACAGCAACGCAGCAGGCCGCAGGCGUCUACUGGUAUUGGAUGAAUUCAAAACAGAGAAGAGGAUUAGCAGGAUGUUCUACAUCAUGACGUUUUUCUUCCUGGCUCUGUGGGGGCCGUAUCUGGUCGCCUGCUACUGGCGGGUGUUUGCAAGGGGCCCCGUGGUCCCUGGGGGCUACCUGACGGCAGCCGUGUGGAUGAGCUUUGCCCAGGCUGGGGUCAAUCCUUUCAUCUGCAUCUUCUCCAACAGGGAGCUCCGGCGCUGCUUCAGCACCACACUCCUCUACUGCAGAAAAUCCAGGUUACCAAGGGAACCCUACUGCGUUAUAUGAAGGUUUUGCUGUGGGUUUUUUUUUCUCAUCUUUGUCUCUAUUUCCCUGAUUGAUCUUGAUGUGGGCUCGUUCCCGCUGUACAGCGCACUCUCUUUCUAUCUCUCUUCUCUUCAUCCUCCAGUUUUCCUCCUGUUCCUCCUUCUCCGAACCCCUGUUUCAGAGGUGGAAGGUCGACUACCAAUCACGAGGCUCUGUUGGGAUGAUUGAAUAUGAAAUGUAUCAAACAUGGAGGCUGAGGGGAAUGGGAAUGCGCAGGAGGUCUGGAUCCCCUCCUGUGUUUAUGUUCUAGUAAACAGACAUUGUGGAAGGCCAUGCCAACGCAGAGAAGCAAAAAGCUGAAAAAGGAAAGAAAAAAGAGAAAGAUUUGACAGAACAAUAAAAAACAAGAACUCUUUCUUUGGAUAAUUUGAAGAUGCAUUAUUCUGUGAGGUGUGAAAUACGUAAAUAUGAAAAGAAAAAGAAAAAAAAGUUGCACUAAAAAGAAGAUGUAAAGAUGCUUUUUUUUGGUCAACAGUUGCAUUGCAAGGACAACUUUUUCUUUUUUUUUCUCCUCCCAAACGAAACAAUGAAUGCUUUAAUUUGCAACAGACUACACAAUCGCUGUAAGUAGCAGCAAAACUUGGUGACUGUUGGAAUACACCACCACGAGAGGAUAAAAUGGUUUUAAUGUAAGUGAUGAUCUUGAUUUCAUUUACGGGGCGGGGGCUUAAUGGUGGGGAUUUACAUUGUGUGGUUUUUGAAGUUGCAACUUAAAAACUAGAAAUGAUUUCUUGUAGUUUUAUGAUCCAUAUGUCCCUAGUGUCCGGCAUUGUUAUUUUUCUUAACACCUUUUACAAAAAAAAAGAGGAAAAAAAAAAAGAUGAAAUGAUGUUUGGAUUAAAAUAAAAGUUGCUUUUAAUGACGACAACCUUGUGCUUAAAAAAGACAUUGAAGAAGUAGUUAAAUGUUUCAUCAUAUCCAUGUACCUAAACACUAUCAUAUUGUUACAGUAUUGCUGAUGCCACUCCGGGUGUUCUUGCCUUAAUGGUUAUGAUAUUGUCAUGUUUCUUGAUUGUUGGGUUAUUUUUUAUUUCAUUCAUUCCUAAAGAGAGGGGGGGGGGGGGGGGGAUUUUGAAGCGAAGGGACUUUUCUUUUUCACAUCAACGUGAAGUGCAUGUCCAUUUUUUUAAAAGCUGGUCCACUCCCAUGAGCAUCACAGGCCAUACACUGAGCAGCCCAUUUUUAUUCUGCAGUGGUUUGCUACACCCCACAGAGUGCUCAGAGCACAGGGAGUGUGUGUGUGUGUGUGUGUGUGUGUGUGUGUGUGUGUACUUCAGAGCGUGUGUGCUGCGUGGAUCAGACAACAGUCACUUCAAGACCAGAGCCUUAGUAUGAAAUCUUGCACAAUUUGUAAAAAAUGUAAAAUGAAAAACAAAAAGGAAAAAAAAAAAGGCACACCGUCGUGUUUCUACUUUCCCUACAUUUGCUCUCAACUGAUUGUUUUCAAUGACUUACUUUUUUCUCUUGUGGCCAUUUUAAUAUUUAUUAUUAUGUAUUAUUUUUUGUAUAUUAUAGAUAGAUUGUGUGUAAGUAUGUGAGUCUUUUAAUUUUUUGAAGUCCCGAAUGUGAGUACAGUUUCAGUUAGGAUUGCAUUUGCUGAAAGUUACCCGUGUAAUCUGUUGCUUUUUUGAAAAUAAAAAGUUUCCAUUUUGCAAAA